AUGCCGCCGCCAACGCUGCCGAAGUGGUCGCCGGACAGGGAAGUGUGGAAAGCCUCUACCAAGAUAACCGCAGAGGAAAUGUUGGUGACCAGAGAGAAGUAUCGUAAGGGCGAGCUCGAGAGGGGAACCAGCAAGAAACUCCUCUGGGUCUGCGUGAAUCGCUACGUAAGGAAGGGCCUGAAAUCGGACAGCAACGGCGUUACUCUCUUCUUCGCGCACGCAAACGGGUUUCCCAAGGAGAUUUGGGAGCCUGCACUCCAGCACCUGGUUGCCGCCGGCCAGGUGCCGGGCACGACAUACACCAUAGACGAGAUCUGGACAUGGGAGGCAGUCAACCACGGCGACUCCGCGCUCGUGAACGGAGAGAAUCUUGGCUGGGCGUACGAUUGGCAGGACAAUACACGGGACAUACUGCAGUUCAUGCUGAGCUACCUACCGUCCUCCGCAUCUCCUUCCGCAUUGCCGAUUCACCUUGAGCGCCUGCCGGAUCAUGUCUCUGACGUCCGGAAGGUACAUGGGUUCGACGAGAGGACCAUGGUCGUCGUUGGCCAUUCACUCGGCGGGUGCACAACGUCUUUGGCUGCCCUCAACUGUCCACGAUUAUUCUCUUCUCUUGUGCUGAUAGAUCCCGUAAUAUUUGAUCCCUCUCCUUCCGAUUUCAAAAUAGAGACUCAGAGAAUAUCGAAUACCGUAUUGGGUACCCUUCAGCGUAGAGACAGAUGGCCGUCUCGGCAAGACGCGCGCGAGAAGUUCGCCGCAGUUCCAUUUUUCGCAGCGUGGGACCCCGCCGUGCUCGACAUGUACGUCGAGAGCGGACUGCGCGACGAUCCUGCCACCGGCGAUGUGGUGCUGAAGAUGCCUAGCAUCCAGGAAGCAGUUGUAUUCAACGACAUCUCCACCGGAUUCGAAGUCUGGGACGUCCUGGACGAACUGGACGAGCGCGUCGAGCUGCGAUUCCUAUUCCCGGACAAGCUCCCUCCCAUCACUUUUCAGAUGAGGGAACGUUUGACAUGGCGACGCCCCACGAACUCCUCGAACAUCAUCUUCAGGAACGCGGGACAUCUUAUUGCUCAGGAAAUCCCCGCGGAAAUGGCGCAGGAUCUGCACAAUUUCUUGCAGCGCAAGUACGGUGCGGAGUUGGCUAAGCUCUAA